GACACCUAAAGGCGUUCUGGUGCUUCUAGAGCGGGCCGCGCGGGGUCCUGGCUGCCUUGCAGUUGGCUGUGUGGUGGAGUUGCCUGCGGGUGGCUGGUGUUUGUCUUUUCGUGUUCCUUUUCUGAUGGCUAAGAAGGCAGUAUAAGAGCAGAGACGUAUCCAGGCCGUGGGCAGAGGGUGUGCCAUAGCGAUAGUCCUGGCCUGGUGGACUCUCCUUUGGUGCUCCUUCCACCCUGGCAAGCACAGCUAUGUGGUGCACAGCGAGCAGCAGAAUGACUCCUUGUCCAUGGCAUGAUGCUUGUCCAUGGCAUGCUGUUUCUGUGACUUUCAAGGUUUUAUUUUGGUAAAGUGUGAACCAGAUCCUUCUUGGCAAGCGAGAUUGAGCCCACAGAGGAUCCUCAUUCCUACCUCCAGAUGGAUGGAAGUUUUUUGGAGGUGACUGUGAAGGAGCACGUCUGUGCCAGCGCAGUGCUUGCUGAGCAAGUGUGGUGGUUUAAUUUUGCAUCCUGUGCAGAAGAGGCUGUUCAAGGCAGCAGUGCAAUGUGGACUCCCUGCCUCCAGUUGCAGUGAUUCCAGGGGCAGCUCUCCAAAGAAGGCUGCCCUUUGUAGUAGAGUGGUGCAGGGCAACGUACCUUGUGCUGCUGCUCUGCUCUGCUGGGCUUCCUCACUCUCCUGCUUGUGCCGACACAAGGGCUCUGAGGAACUGCUGCUCGAAAUGGCAUCUGUUGUACUGAAGACUACGUGGUCUCUCAAUUCCCAUACAGCGCACAAAGCUGUGUGGUGUCUGAGCCUUGAAGAGAACGGCUUUUCUUCUGAGUGGAGGCCUUUUCAGGGAUCAUCUCUCUUUUUUUCAGAGAGUUUCUUCUGUGUAAAUGACUCCAUGGGAACUUGGUGACUGAUUCUGAAGUACCGAGCGAGGAGAGGGAACAGCACGCGCCUCUGCUGCAAUGCUCAGGGGAUGCACCCACACACACUGCUGGUUGUUCUGGCCUUCCUUUGCUUGAACUUGGACCUCUAGAAAGAACAAAAGCCUUGCCAAGUGAGUGGAAAAGGAUCUUAGGAAUGCAUGUAACAUUUUAUUUUAUUUUUUCCUUGAAGAGAAAAGCCGGGGAAAAAUUGACAUAAGCUUUUGAGAAAGCUCUGUUAGUGCUCAGUGUGCUUCUCCCGGCUGAUCUUCUGUUCAUGAGAGGGAUGGGAUAAACAGUACAGCAAGUUGAGCUGCUACAUGAAGCACCUAAAGCUGGCUGCAGCUAUGGAAAUCCCCUUGUGUGAAACAAACAAGGCACAGAGAACUUCUUGGAGGUGCUGCUGCACACAGGUGUACAGGUACAGCAUUCUGGAUCAUCGCAUCGUCCAUACCUCUAUUACUACAGAGCUACUACUCAAAACAUCAGGACUAGAUGCCAGAAACUGGGCAAAUUUAGUCUGAAGCCUGCACAGUUGUAUCAUUCAUCACUUUAAAACAAGAUCAUCUGAUCUUGAAGAAGGAAAGAACGUCAAAAAUAGUCUGAGUAUUUUCAAAACAAACCCUCGAUCAAAGCACAUUUGUAAGUAUAAGUACAGCCAUUUAUCAAGGUUUUAUUUUCAAGGUCUACUUUGCCUUUAGUAAGCUGAAUUACUGCCAUUAAUGCCACCCCUGUUCAGCCAGCUUUUAAAGAAGUCAGAGAGCCGUCUUACCCUGCAUUGAGUUUGGCUUUGUCAGCUAAAGUCCGAGGCUGAUACAUCUCUGCUAGUGCUUCUGGAGAACAGUUGGGAUGACUGAAGGCAAGGAUGCUGCAGUUCUGCUCAGUCAAGGGACUAUCACUGAACCAGGUGAUUGUAGAAGAAGCUGGUGUCCCACUGAUGGGAUCGUAAGUGGGCGUCAUGGUUUUACUGUAUAAACCUGGACUCGCUGCAAGUUAAAGCAGUAAAGUAUUAUUCCAAGGAAAACUGCCUUCAGACUUAGGUAGUCUACCAUUUCCCAUUGCAAAAGACUAGCUAACCUCUGUCUUUUGAGACACUACUAUCUCUGCUGUUUGCAGAACCCUUGUCUUUUUACAGGCCAAGUGCCUUAAGGGAUAAAAGUGCUUUUCCUUCUUCUGUGAGGUAUAUCUCAUUUGUGUUAGAUACAGGAAAUGCUCUCAUUUUUUCAUUUCACUUUUUCCCUGCAGAUUGCCAAAACUGUCAUUUUUUUAAAAGUCUGAUCUCACAUUUUUAAAGAGCAGCAGCACAUCCUGUGUGCAGGGCCACAGCUGAUCACCUGUUUUGUGCUACUGCCUUUCAAACAACAAUGGAAAGUAAAACAUUUACACAGUAGAAGAAUAUAAAUAUACUGGGGAUUUUUUGAAGCUACUAAUUUGAACUCAGCUAUGUCUCUGUAACUACAACCCUACACUGAACUGCUCUCCUUGGGUUUAACGGCAUAACAGAAUUCCUUCCUCUGUUUUCUUUCAGUCAGAAGAAGAAAAUCUUACUAGCUUCUCAUUACCUGACAAUCCAGAACUUGUUGGAGAGUUGCACAAGUUUAAAAUGUCCUCUGUAACCACUUCUUUGCUAUUCUUAUCUUUUUUCUUCUUCUUUCUGAGUGUAUCUUCUGACUGUUUCAACAAAGAGAGCUCUUCUGACCGUCUGAUAUCUACAAUGGCAAUUUGGGAAACGAAGGAACAUGAAGCAUAGGAAACUUAGAAGACUAUGUCCAAAAAAAGCCCCAUGAUUAGUAACAACGUCUGGGGAAGCUCCAUAUUUCUCUCUGAACCUGAAUUUCAGCAGUUUGAAAAGAAAAUCUAGUAACAGAAAUAGAAGAAUAGAAAAUCUAGUAAUUCAGCGACAAGGCCAGAGGAUGGGCAGCGAGGAUAUCCACAGGGAAAGCACAUCUGAAUGUGGUGCUGUGCAUGGUCCAACACUACUUGGAUUGUGCUGGGAUGUGGAAUAAUAAUCAGGGGACCCACUUUGCAACUCAACAGCGUGAGCUCAAAAUACCUCGUGCACACGCAGAUGGGCACAAGUUCUUCCAUGGUCUCCUGCAAAGCACUGCUGAACAGAUCAUCUCUUUAGCCUUAAGAACCAGCAUUCCUUGUGAAUAACUGAGCUGAGGGAAGAGAAUGUAGAGGCUGAUAUCAAUGUUCUGCUGUGCAAGGUGCUAUGAGGCAUGUUCUUCCUGUACUGCUGUAAGAUUGCUGGAGAUAAUUCUGUAACCCAUCCACCAGAUCAUUUUAAAAAGAAAAUGCAUUUACUGUACACUGGGGAAGCUGGAUGAAGAAGAGAUCUGGAAAAAGCCAGAAGACAAUGAAGUCUGGCAGGAGACAGAGCUCCAGCCUCUGCUAACUACAGAUCUGAAGACAGGCAUGAGAGCAGAUAAGAGGCGUUGACAGAGUGCAUGGGCCUGUGGCACGCUGCCCGUCAGGUUGUCUUGGCUAUUUUGCUGGACCAUCCCUGUAAGGCUGCUCUGCCCUGCCUGCCUCCAGCAGUGCUAUUAAGGGAAGGAGGGAGCUGUGAAUUCCUGCAGUCUCUGGGAGCGGAGCAAAGCGAAGCCGAACUCCCCUCUUCAUGUCGCUGCGGGGCUCCCGGUAAAUAUCCGUCCGUCCGGUGCGGGUGAUGCGAAGGACGCUCGCGAAAGGCGCCGUUCCGCUCCGUAACGCAUAGCACCCACUCGCGGGCGGGCACGCGCGCACCGAGAGGAGGACGAAAAGGAAGCGUCGACUUUUCGACCGCCGCUUUCCGAAAGGAGAAGCUUUCUCCCGGCGGAGACCUUCCUUCUGCCUCCUGCCCCGCCGCCGAAGGCAUGUUCCCGAGGCGCUCCGCACCGCGGGGAGCUCUCGCUUUCCGCCCAGCAGCCGCAGAGGAGCAGCAGCAGCGCGGUUCGGAGUAACUCCAAGUGAUGCGGGGACCACAGCCCGAGAGCAGCACGCGCUCCUGCAGACGCCAGCCCCGCCGCACUCAGGUCGACCAUGGUUGCCGCCACCCGCUCCCUCCUGGCGUUGCUGCUCUGCCGGGUGCUGCUGGGCGGCGCGGCCGGCCUCAUGCCGGAGGUGGGACGGCGGCGCUUCAGCGAGCCGGGCCGCGCCGCCUCGGCCGCGCAGCGCCCCGAGGACCUCCUGGGCGAGUUCGAGCUGCGCCUGCUCCACAUGUUCGGGCUGAAGCGGCGGCCCAGCCCCGGCAAGGACGUCGUCAUCCCCCCCUACAUGCUGGACCUUUACCGCCUGCACGCCGGCCAGCAGCUGGGCUACCCGCUGGAGAGGGCCGCCAGCCGCGCCAACACCGUGCGCAGCUUCCACCACGAAGAAGUUUUGGAAGAACUGCCAGAAACAAGUGGGAAAACAGCACGACGUUUCUUCUUUAAUUUAACUUCCAUCCCUAAUGAGGAGUCUAUCACCUCAGCUGAACUCCAGAUUUUUCGGGAGCAGGUGCACGAAGCCUUUGAGAGCAACAGCAGCUACCAUCACCGUAUUAAUAUUUAUGAAAUUAUAAAACCAGCCACAGCCACCUCUAAGGACCCUGUCACAAGACUUUUGGACACCAGGUUGGUGCACCAUAAUGCGAGUAAAUGGGAAAGUUUUGAUGUAACGCCAGCUGUUUUGAGGUGGAUUGCACACGGACAACCUAAUCAUGGGUUUGUGGUGGAGGUGGUUCACUUGGACAAAGAGAACAGUGCCUCCAAGAGGCACGUUAGGAUUAGCAGGUCUUUACAUCAGGACGAAGAUAGCUGGUCUCAGCUCAGGCCGUUGUUAGUGACGUUUGGGCAUGAUGGCAAGGGACACCCGCUUCAUAAAAGAGAAAAGCGUCAAGCGAAACACAAACAGCGUAAACGCCACAAAUACAGUUGCAAAAGGCAUCCGUUGUAUGUGGACUUCAAUGAUGUGGGGUGGAAUGACUGGAUUGUUGCCCCGCCGGGGUAUAGUGCCUUUUACUGCCAUGGGGAAUGUCCUUUUCCGCUGGCAGAUCACCUAAACUCAACAAACCAUGCCAUUGUUCAGACUUUGGUCAAUUCAGUGAAUUCCAAAAUCCCCAAGGCUUGCUGUGUGCCGACAGAACUGAGUGCUAUUUCAAUGCUCUACCUUGACGAGAACGAAAAAGUUGUACUAAAGAACUAUCAAGAUAUGGUUGUGGAGGGUUGUGGGUGCCGCUAACACAGCGAAUAUAUCGGACAAAUGCAAAAAAGAAAAAAGAAAAAAAAAAAAAAGCUGACACUUUAAUAUUUCCCAAUGAAGACUUUAUUUAUGUAAUGAAAUGGAAAGAAAAAAAAAAAACACAACUAUUUUGAAAAUAUAUUUAUGUCUACGGAAAGGUUGGGAAAACAAAUAUUUUAAUCAGAGAAAUAUUCCUUUAAAGAUUUUAAAUGUAUUUUAGUUGUACAUUUUAUAUGGGUUUAACCCCCAGCACAUGAAGUAUAAUGGUCAGAUUCUUAUUUUGUAUUUAUUUACUAUUAUAACCACUUUUUAGAAGAAUAGCUAAUUUGUAUUUAUAUGUAAUCAAAAAGAAAAAAAUAUAGGGUUUGUACAUAAUUUUUCAAAAUUGUAGCUGUUUCAAUCGCGUGUAUUUAAGUUGAAGAGAAGACACGGAAGGUUACCAUGGCAAAGUGCAUAGCACAUUUGCUUUCUGCAGUGCUACUGUUAAGGUCACAAGUUCAAGUCCAGAAAAAAGUGGAUAAUCCACUCUGCUGACUUUCAAGAUUAUUAUAUUGUACAAUUCUCAGGAAUGCUGCAGGGUGGGCUGUCCAAUCCAUGAGAACUGGCAUCCUCCUUAGGUGGAACAUUUGGAUAAGAACCAGACGUUGCUGAUCUAGUAUAAAUACUACUAUUCCUGACUAAUUUGCAGAGUGAAUAUAAGAAGGGCCAACAGAAAUCCCAGGGGAGGUGGGGGUGGGGGAAGAGCAAAUCCUUUCUAGACCUACAGAAAAGCGAAUGUUUGAUGUUUCCUUUAAAAGUCCUUCCUUUAAAAGUCCUGGCCAAAUAUAAAAUAAUAAAAACUCAAA